AUGGACCAAAUCAGCGAUAUGAACCUCAACGCCGCUCUGGGAUCGACGUUCGAGCCCCAGCAGAGGGCUCGUUCGAAUACCUGGCCGCUCCCUCGACCGGAUAAUUUCAUCGAGAAAGAUGAAGAAAAGAACGACACUCUCCUGGACCAGGCUACCGGGGGUAGCAGCCCCCCACAGGGAGGCAGCUUGCCACCAAAGAAAAACUCAUCCCGACGUAACGCUUGGGGCAACAUGAGCUAUGCCGACUUGAUCACGCAGGCCAUCACCUCAACACCUGAUAAGAGGCUCACAUUAUCGCAAAUCUACGACUGGAUGGUUCAAAACGUGACGUACUUUAAGGACAAAGGAGACUCGAACAGUUCUGCUGGAUGGAAGAACUCGAUCCGACACAAUUUGUCGUUGCACAACCGUUUCAUGCGAGUCCAGAACGAGGGAGCUGGGAAAAGUUCCUGGUGGAUGAUCAAUCAGGAUGCUCCUGCGGGAAAAGCAGCCCGCCGUCGGGCGGCUUCGAUGGAAACCAGCAUGAAACUCGAGAAGAAACGCGGUCGAGUGAAGAAGAAGCUGGAAGCCAUGAGGAAUGGCGUCCCGCCCCCCGACAUAACCCCAUCGCCCAGCUCAUCUGUCAGCGAGGGUCUCGACAUGUUCCCAGACUCUCCGGUUCUGAACUCCGCGGGCGGCGCCAGCAAUGGGAACCCGAUUACCUUCCAACUCAGCCCUGACUUCCGACCGAGAGCUUCGUCGAACGCUUCGUCUUGCUCUCGAUUAUCCCCAAUCACAGCGAUUGAGCAAGAUAACCAGGUUCCCCCGCUGUCACCCGUGUCUUGGAACAGUGACAUGGUCAGCAUAUAUGCUCAGCAGCCUCCUCCUGCUUACCCCUCGGACGUCGACAGCAUGAAGUUGUGCGACUCGAUCACCGAGGCGAUGAACCUCAACGAUACGUUGCCUCUGAAGCAGAACACCACUUACGGCUCUUACUUCAAUGUGUCGCCCCCUCUCUAUCAAGAUCAUCAAUCUCAUCGCUCGAUGAGCAUCGAUGUAGUGCCCAGUCUUGGCCGCGUGAAGUUGGAGGCCCGCGAUGUUUACUGUAAUGGCGGACUGUCUUCAGGAGUGAAACCUCCGCCAACAAUCCCGGAGAGUCAAGAGUUGGCCAUGCCUUGUUCUCCGAGGGGACUGCUUCCAUUGAUUCCCGCAGUAGUACCCAUGAGUCUUCCAAUGAAACAAGAACCUUCAGUUUCCGCUUCGUUGGGCUGCACAGCAUCUCAACUUCGAAGCCAUAUUUUGGCUUCUGACUGCGCCGACUUGAACAUUGAUGGCCUGGACACGCUGCAUGGUGGACUCGAAUGUGACGUAGACCAGGUAAUCAAGCACGAGUUGAGCGUCGAUGGGACUUUAGACUUCAACUUCACGGAAUCCGCAGCUCCAGUUCAAAACCAAGUCCAUCUUCAACCGUCUCAGGGAUCUCGCUCUUGGGUUCAUUGA